GUGGAGAAGCCCAUCAUGUGGUCCCCGGAAGCGGAAAUCAACUCAAUUGCCUUUACCACUAUGCGGCAUUCGGUGUCCGCAUCGUCCGGAAUCUCAUCCCUGUCCAGCUGUGGCGAUCCAGAUCGGCUGCCGGAAUUGCCCCCCGGCGACGAGCAACGAUUGCAACGGGCCGCCCUCAAUCUGCAGCAGAAGCUAAUCCUGCGAGAAUGGCUCAAGGAGCACCGACUGCAGCACUACUAUUCCAGACUAAUCUCCAUCGAGGUCACAUCGCUGGAGGACGUCUACUGGCUGGAGGAUUCCCGUGCCAGUCAGUUGCUCGGCAAGGAUUGGCCCCUCUGGUCGCAGGCACGCCAGAAACUGCCAACCUCGAAGUCCAACCUUGAAGCCUUGAAGGCCGACCUGUGGUCAACGGUUGUAAAGUCGAGCCAGCACCAGGACGCCUGGACAUGGGGCGGAAUGUUGGUUGUGUCGGUCUCGGUGGCCGGUUUGGUGACGCUGGCCGCCAUGACACAGCCCUCGUUGGCCCCGGAAGCAAGACAUUCCCUGCUGCAGUACGUGACCGGAAAAUAUCUGCUACCGGCCAACUGCAAGGUGCACUGGGAUUGGCAGGAUCCGGCCAUCGUGGGUGGAACCAUGUGCUUUACGGUGCGAUUUCACCAGCGAAACGGUCAGGCCUACCCCAUCUGUGAUACGGAUCAGUUCUUCGUGGAGGUGACCGAAGGAACGCGCAAAAUCAUAACGAUCAGCGAACUGGGAUCUCCAACCGAUCCGAACAAUGCCAACAUUGCCAAGGUAAAAUUCACCGUCCGAACGGCUGGUCAGUAUAAGAUCUCGGUGCUGAUCGGUUCCAGUCAUAUCGCUGGAAGUCCAUUUGUUAAGACAUUCAUUCCCGGCCCGAUGGAUGCCCGUCGAUCGCGAUUGAUUCGACCAGCCAGCACGGUUGUGUGUUGCGCCGGAGCUCCAACAUUCCUGCACAUUGAACCACGGGACGAGCACGGAAAUACCUGCCAGUUCACGCCAGACUGUGAUCCAAUCAAGGGCUACAAAAUCGAUAUUUUCGACCUGUACGGAAAUAAAAGUGAUAAGCAUUGCAACGCCAUCACACUUUCCUACGAUAAGGUAAAUUCAAGAAUCAGUCUGACAGCACUGUUCCCAGAACCGGUAUGCCUCCGAGCGGUCAUCAGCUACGAAAACCAUCAGAUUCCGAAUGGUGAUUUCGACAUCAUUGUUUUGAGCAGCAGCGACACAACGUUGGUGCAUAAAAAUAUUGCUUCCAGGAAGCACAACAUUUGCUACGAGGCUAAGCUGUUCGGUAUCUACGGCCAGCAACGCUGGUCCAAACCACGGAAGGUGCUUUGCUACGUUGGACCGAAGCAGGUCACCAUAAAGGAGAUGAUACUCAAAAUCAUUCCCAAGCGGAUCGCCACCUUUCGGCUGUGUCCUUCCACAAAGUUCCACUUUUUGCCCCCAUCGAACAUCCAAGUGAACAACAGCCACGGAGCGAUAUUCAUCAUCGACGAUGGCUGCCAGCCGAAGAUCGAACUGGCCUCGAAGGAGCGCAACGUGAUUGCGGCAACUUUUACCCAUUUCCUACUGAAGAACAUCGGUGGUUCGGAAACGUUCAAGGACAAGCAGGACUUUUUCUACCACGAAGUACGAAAGUUCCAUUCCAACUACUACCACGAGAAGAUUUCGCUAAAGGUGCAGCGGGACAAAAUUCUCGAAUCCAGCAUGAAGGCAACCAAGCACUUUUCCGUUUCGGAUUGGUGCGGUAACUUUGAAGUCACAUUCCAGGGUGAGCAGGGAAUCGAUUGGGGUGGACUGCGGAGGGAGUGGUUCGAGUUGGUUUGCAGUGCCCUGUUCGAUGCUCGCGGUGGCCUGUUCUGUACAUUCCACGACAAAAGACAAGCGCUCGUUCAUCCCAACCCGAACCGGCCAUCGCAUCUGAAGCUGAAGCAUUUCGAGUUUGCCGGCAAGGUGGUCGGCAAGUGUCUGUACGAAAGCGCCCUCGGCGGAACGUACCGGCAGCUGGUUCGGGCGCGAUUCUCUCGUUCCUUUUUGGCGCAGCUUAUCGGACUGCGCGUGCACUACAAGUACUUCGAGCAGGAUGAUCCGGAUUUGUAUCUUUCCAAGAUUAAGUACAUUUUGGAUACGGACCUGGACAGUAGUGAGAAUCUGGAGCUGUAUUUUGUGGAGGAAAUCUACGAUGCGGCCGGCCAGCUAAUGAAGACGGUCGAACUCAUUCCGAACGGGGCCAAAACGAGGGUCACCAAUGCGACCAAGAAUCAAUAUUUGGAUGCCUUGGCACAGCAGCGGCUGUGCAACAACGUUAGGGAGGAAAUCGACAGUUUUCUGAAGGGUCUCAAUGGGAUCAUCCCGGACAAUUUGCUUAGCAUUUUUGACGAGAAUGAACUGGAGCUGUUGUUGUGUGGAACCGGCGAGUACUCUAUCGCCGAUUUCAGAGCCAAUCACAUUGUUAACGGAGGUUCCCCCGAGUUCCGUCGGGUGCUCGGAUGGUUUUGGGCAGCAGUUGGAAACUUUUCCCAAACCGAAAUGGCUCGGCUGCUGCAGUUUACAACAGGCUGUUCGCAGCUGCCUCCGGGAGGAUUCCAGGAGCUUAAUCCCAGAUUUCAAAUUACGGCUGCACCGACAUUCGGAAAUUUACCGACGGCGCACACUUGUUUCAACCAACUUUGCCUGCCGGACUACGAAAGUUACGAACACUUCGAGCGAGCCUUGAUGUUCGCCAUCAGCGAAGGCACCGAGGGCUUCGGAAUGGUAUAAUUUUGAAACUUUAAUCCCUUCCCUGGACCAGGCAGAGCAGAGGCAGACCACAACAAAUC